AUGGCUGGUGCAGGCGGAGUGGUCAUACCAACGGUGGCCGCGGCGAUGGAGACCUUGGAGAACCUCCUCACCACGGCCGGCGCGGCCCCUCCGGUGGUGCAGCCCUUCCUCUCCGGCGUCACCGUGGCCGGCGCGGAGCACAAGGCCGCGGCUGGCAGCGAGGACGUGGCGAAGGCGGUGAUGGUUCACCUGUUCACGGAGGCCCAGCGCCAGUGGAGAGCGGCGACCUCGACACCACCGACGCUGCCACCUGGGAUGCUGCCUGCACCGGCGGCGCCUCCUGCGCCGGCCCCGGCAGCCGCAUCGACCGACGACCGCCCGCCCAAGCACUUCGCACAGUGGUCGGCGCAGGUCCAGGCGUACGAGGACAAGACCGUGGACGGCGUCAAACGCGUCUUCCCGACCGAGAAGCUCCUCGGCGCGGAGGACGUGCUGGCGCGGCUCUGGCACGAGCACACCAAGACCAAGGAGUACAAGCCCUUGGGCCUCGGCGAGAUCGUGGCCAGGCGCACGUGGACGGCGGGCAUGGACCUUAACACCAUGGCGGCGGGGAGGUCUUCUUCCUCCUCCGGCGCCAAGGCCAUCAAGCUCGUCGACGGGAACCUCGUCGCGGAGGACACCGACGAGUGGACGCCCAAGGGGAUCAUGCUCACCAUCGACGGGAUUGAUGCCUCCCGCUGGGCGUGGAUCAUCUGUGGCUUCGACGAGGAGCGACGGAUUGACCGGUUCGCGAACUGGUUCAUCGAGCGGGCCCGCUCGAAGCAGGCGUCCAUUCCGGCGGUGCAGAGUUACUGGGCGGACUCAAUGUGGAAACUCUGCGCCGAUAUGCGGCGGGGCCUCACAUUUGGUGAGGCGACGGACCGCAUCAUGAAGGACACCGGCGCUUGGAAUGAACAUGUCAUCGCCCACGCGGCGGCGGCUGCGAGGCAGCGCCCGACGCCACCCACCAAGGAGUCCAUGGGAUCCGACGGGGCGGCGCCCCCGCCCGAUGGUGAGGAGCCCCGGAAGGGCGGGCCGCGACGCUGGAGGCCCAGGCGACGCCCGACGGCCCAGACCACUACCAAGGGCGAUGGCCGCGACGGACAGCAGCAGCCACCCAAGGGGCAGACUAAGGGCGGCGGCCGUGAAGACACAGGCUCGUGGAGGGACCACGGCGGCCGCGGCGGCCACCAACAGAAGGAUUGGAACCAGUGGGGCGGCGCCAAGCGACAGAACCAGUGGUCCGAGCAGGGCUCCGGCGGCUGGGGAAAGCAGAGCCAGACGGACGGCGCCGGCGACUGGAAGACGGGGUACCAACGGCCCAAGCUCACCCACCGGAAGCCCAACGGCGAUGAAGUCAUCGUGCUGUCCGUGUUCGACGGGGUCGAUCGCGCAGCCACGGCGGUGGCGAAGGCGCAGCUGCCAGGCCUGUCAUGCCGGGGCGACAUCAACGACGACGACCCCACUAAGGUGGCCGACGUUAUUGAGAAGGUCGACCCCUGGGGCCGCUGCCUCGUCAUCUUCUCGGCGGCGCCACCUUGCCAAGACUUCUCCCGCGUCACCGACGGGCCAGGCCACAACGGCGACCGCGGCGGGUUGUUCCUUCAGACGGUGGAGUUCAUGUCCGAGGUCCGGCGGUUGGUGGCACCGCGGCGCUUUGGCUUCAUCUUCGAGAACGUCGAGAUGGCGACGGCCGACGCCAAGCAGAUUACUGAAGCUCUGGGCGCGACGCCGCUGUGGGCCGACGCUGCCGACUUCGGCUGGGUCGGACGGCCACGCCUCUGGUGGCUCUCGACGGACUGGGCGCGGAUGACGCUGGACCCGGAGACCGGCGAGCCCCUGCAGUGGACGCGACGAGGCCAGUGGGACCGCCUCCGGGUGGAAGAAGCGCGACGGCCGGUGGAGGCACUGGACAUGGGGGACCUCACAUUCGACGACUCAGUCUUGUCGGGCCGUCGGCGCCUACCCUGCUUCACCACCCCGGCGCUCGAUGAGAACGGCCGGGCGGCGCCCAAGGGCUGCAGGGGCAAGAUCCCGUCCGACGCACAGCAGCGGUGGUCGGCGGAUCGACGCCAGUUCGCGCCUUGGCACUACGUGAAGGAGGCGAUGGUGGUGAGCUCCGACGGGAAGCUGCAGAUCCCGCCCCCGCGGGUCAAGGAACAGCUUCACCACAUGCCGGCGGACUUCACGUGGGGGCCGGGCGAAGCACCGCUCGACGACCGCGCCCGCCACCGACUCAUUGGAAAUGGGUGGCACUGGGGCGUGGCGCGGCGCCUACUGCUGAUACUGCUGGUGGCCACGGCGUUCCAAACCUCCGACGCCAGACCACAAGGGGAACCGCCCCGAUCGACGAUCUCAUGGGUCACCUCGUUGUGGCAGUUCGGCGGCCCGGUCAUGGGACCGGCGCCGGGGGAGGACACACUGGACCCCAUGGUGGACCUCGACGGGGAAGCCCACUGGAAAGCCUCGGCGGUCAUACCGCACCCGUUCCAGGCCCGGCCGCGGCUGGAGCCGGCUUGGGAGGAGGCCCUGACCAUCCGACGGCGGUGGCGCCACGACUUGGCCAGGAUCAGGCGCGAGGUGGUCCAGGAGGUCAAGGACCUGAUCGACGACCUGGCCGAGCAGACGACGGCAUGGAUGUCCCAGCGGUCGGCGGCGGUCAAAGCCACCUACUCCACACCGGACAAGCCGGCGGUUACACAGAUCCCCGUCCUGCUGGAGCUCCUUCGGCGCCUCAACUACCCCGACCUCGAGAACCUCACCGAGGACCUCACCCAGGGCUUUAACAUGAUCGGCGGCCUCAAGUCAGGCCCGGGCUGGAAGAAGCGGACCGACGACCGCUAUAAGCACCGGGCGUCCAUGGAGGAGCUUCGACGGAUCAACGCGGACUAUGUGAGGCAGCGCACCGCGACAGCCAGGGUCGGCGAGCACACCGAGACAUUGCUGCAGGAGCUCAUCGACGAGGUCAAGCUGGGGCGAGUGGUUGGGCCCACCAGGGCACCGGCGUGGCUGAAGGCACGGGCGGUGGCCUUGCCGUGGCGCGACGGGGUGGCGCACCUGGUAGAGCUGGGCCAAUCGGCGAUGGAGGCGUUCGAGCAGCUGUUCGCGGCGCUGGGCUUCCGCAUCAAGGUGUUUGCACAGGUGGCGGCGCUGGCGGCCUUUGCCACGCACCUGCCCGGCGCCGUGACCGCGUUCAUCGACAACACGGCGGGCCAGGCGGCGCUGUCCAAGGGGUAUGGGAAGGACCCGGCGAUGAAUGGUAUGUUGGCUGCCUUUUGGGCCUUGGCGGCGAGGCAGGGGACUAUGGUCGACUUUCGACGGGUCCCGUCCAAGGCGAAUGUGGCCGACGCUGUGUCCCGGGACGAUUUUGACAGGGCCCGACGGGAAGGCUGGACGAGGGUCCACAUCCCGGCGUCGCCCAUCAUGCACAUCUUGGCGAAGGCGGUUGACGACUUGCUCUACGCGGUGGAUGGGGCGGCGGCUGAUCUCCUGGCAUGCUCUACUGAGUGGUCUGGUGAGCCG